AUGGCAUCACGUGUCACUCAUUCACCCAUAUUGGCACACCGCCCUAACUAUACGGAGGACAAUUUAGAGGUUGUGUAGAUGAACUUUUCUUUUUAGUGAAUCUUACCCUGAAAUUAAAACCCUAGAUAUUCAACAUUCAAAAUCAAAAUAAUUCAAAUGUCAGAAUAUAUACCUAUAGAAAUUCAGGGAGAAAUAUUGAAAAGGCUUCCUGUGAAGCCAUUGGUUCAAUUCCGAUCAGUCUCAAAAUCAUGGAAGUCUUUAAUCGACAGCCCCGAUUUCAUUGUUUCGUAUGGUGUUCGGCACCCCCAUCCCGAACGUUUUAUUUUAAGGUACGCAGAUCCUGUCUAUAGGUUAGAUUAUCCAGAAGAGUGUAAAUAUAUAAGUUUGGUAGAUAAUGAUGAUCAUAGUUUAGUCCAACAAGAUCUUAUUCCCACAGUACCUGGCCUCAUUAACGCACUUGGACCCGAGUCAAAUGUAGUUGGUAGCUCUAAAGGUUUGUUGUGCCUUUUUAAGGUUUAUCCCGAAUACCCGAAUGGUCAUCCGUCUAAGCGUCGUGGUAUAGAUAUGGUAUAUCUUUGGAAUCCUUCCAUUAGGAAAUCCAUUUGUAUUCAGGUGCCUUAUAUCUCGAAUGAAAACUUUGGUAAUAAUAGGCUUGAUGGUGUUAUUGGUUUCGGGGUUUGUCCCGCCUCUUUGGAUCCUACUGUUCUCAAGAUUAAAUAUAAUUAUAGUGAGCAGAACAUAAAAGAUAUGCCUGGUAUUAACGUUCCUUGGAAAGUCGGAGUUUUUACUUUGAGCACUGGGAGUUGGAGUAUUCUGUCUACCAAUCUGCCCUGUGAAUCUAUUAGACUUAGAGGGUCUCAGGUUGUUAUCGAUAGGUUUAUAUAUUGGGUUGCUUAUGAUUUGCUUGAUGCUGAAGAUGGUCGUUUUCUGAUCAUGUCAUUUGAUUUGACUACCAAAGAGUUCAAAGCGAUAAAUCUCACGGAUAGUUUAACAAUCCGGCUUAGUAGUAUCCAGUCUAUAUCUAAGCUACAUGAUUCUCUUGUUUUGCUUGAAUACCAAACAGAGUUUGUAUCACUUUGUUGUUGGUGUGUAUGGAUGAUGGAGGAGCAAGGUGAUAGUAGAUUGUUUACAAAGCUAUACAGCAUUAACCUACCAAAUGCCACAAUACACCAAAUACUAGGAUUUAGGAAGAUAGGUGAACUAAUAUUGGAGACGCGAGAAGAAUUUGAACAACAUGCCGAUAUUCAAAUUUACAAACAGAACUAUGAAUACACCGAUAAUCUUGGAAUUGAUGGAGAACCGUAUAUGUUCUUUAUGUGUUCCUAUAUGGAAACGCUACUUUUGCUUGAUCAGUCGACUGGUUAUAUAUAUUCCAAUAAUAUGUAAACGCUCACACAUGGAUGAUCGCGUUAAAAGUUGCGGGUCCAUAUACGAACUGAUCUACUACUUCAUCAGGGAGGGGCCGGCUUGUUUUAAGUAAUGAGCAUCUUGGAGCAUGCAGCACUGAAGAUUAUGGUUUCACCUUUAGUAACGGUGCCCUUUAAGUGGAAGUUGCAGAAUUAAAGAUAAGAGCAUUUCUUGAUGAGAAGGUGCAUUUUGUUCCAAUUACCCAUUUAGCUAUGGAGGGGUCCCUUCAUGCUAUGUAGCAUUUGUUAUAGACAAAGUUAUAAAAGUCACAUCUCAAGUGGAUUGAACCGGUUGAAGUCCCCCAAGGAUUUCACACACUAAUUGAAAGGAAGGUUAGAUCUAGGGAGAAAGCAGGUCAAACUACACUGAAAAUUUUACCUAUGCCAGUUACUCAAUCCUACCUGGUUGGAUCGUUUUGCCACUUCUCUAAUUUGUUAUACAGAAUCGUCAGCCGCUGACGUAUCCUAUAUUCCACCAUUCGGGAGCGACGGCAGAAGCUGCAUAUCAUGUAUAAAGUUAACUAGCAAGACCAUGAGAAAACUCGAUGAUUUUUUGAUGGACUUUAUGCCUUUAUGGUCUGUGUGUCGUGAUUCUUCAUUAAAGACGAGUGUCUAAUGUGUGUGUAUGCGUCAUGUAUAGACUUUGUUAGAAAGGAAACGAAAAUGUGAAAUGAUGAAAACAACCUUAACGGGAAAAGCAAACAGAUCGAUCUUCUGUUACCGUUUUAAAUUAUUUAAUGAAGUCUAGUCAUGUUU